AUGACUGAGCUCCAUGAUUCAAACACUCGCAGAGAACUCCACACGCUCAAAUUUAAUGAUAAGAGUAGGGGAAGUGCUGGGGUACAUGCAGUGGAUGUGGCGGACAAAGAUUGUGAGAAGUGUCAGAUCUGCUUCCUGAAGAGCUGUGCUGCUCAUGGACCCCCCGUGUUUCUAAAGGACAAUCCAGUGGAAAAGGGACAUCCUAGUCGUGCUCUCCUCAGUGUGCCCACUGGACUUCGAGUUGGCCCAUCGAGCAUUCCGGAGGCUGGGCUUGGAGUAUUUAAUGAAGCAUCUGAUCUGCCUUUGGGGUUGCACUUUGGUCCUUUUGAGGGCAAGAUCACAAAAGUGGAAGAGGAAGCCAACAGUGGGUACAGCUGGCAGAUAGCCAAGGGCAUGAGCAGCCAUGAGUACAUGUAUGGAAAGGAUACUUCUUUUGCCAAUUGGAUGAGGUAA